UUGAAGUGUAGGCUGUCAACGCAAGCACAAUCAUAUUAUGCUUAUUUACAAAUGAUCAUUUAAAUUAACUUUCGCUGUUAUUUCUUCUUUCAGUUCAGCAUGGCUUGAAGUAGCCUAACCCUUUAUGCAAACAAACAAAAAAGAUCAAAAUCAUGCACCAAUUCACCUGCCUUGUGCACCAACCCAUUACCUAUGUGCAGUCGUUAAUUACUGCUGUAUUAGUAAAAGAGUUAUAAAAGUCAACUUCCUUUUCCCCAGGGAGUCUGUCAUUUAGCCUGGCAGAUAGGGUGUCUCUGGGCGGAGGAGGGGGGAGGCAGCGGUAUAAGGCAAGGGACUCCUGAGGUGGAGUGGGAACACAACUUCACUCAGGACUCAGAACAAGACUAAAAGUGUGAUCAGAAGAGCUGCGAUAAAAUUUCAACAUUUCACUGAGGAAUUUUGAGGAUUUAUCUUGGCUUGAGAUAAGUCAUCACUGCUCUAAUUCACAGAAUUCUACAGUUUUUGUUUUGUUUUUUAGUUUGUUUUGUUUGUCUUUUCUGCACCUGCAAUGUCCUCCAAGGCAAAACAUCUUAAUUGGUCGGAGGGGAACAUUCGGGAUCGACUGGCUGAAGAACUUUCGGAUCCAUCCAGACUUGCACGCAGCGACUCUAGAAACUGGCUAUCCCCAACCGCUCCGCUGCACACAUACACGUCCACUGCGGGAGUUGCUGUAGGCCAGUAUGGGCACGCUACUGUGGACGUCUCCCUGGAAAAUUCGACGUCUGGAAAUAAAAUGAGCGAGAAUCCUCUUGGCAUUGCCGGGGUCCUGUCUGUAGGUCAGGGAGGCAAUACCAAACCGCAAAGCGGGCCACAGAAGCACCGGCGCGUCGCGGCCAACGCCAGGGAGCGCCGGAGGAUGCACGGGCUUAACCAUGCUUUUGACAAACUUAGGAGUGUUAUACCGUCAAUGGAGAACGAGAAGAAGCUAUCCAAAUACGACACACUCCAGAUGGCACAGAUAUACAUCAAUGAACUGUCCGAGUUGUUAGACGGUGUGGUGCAGUCGGACUGUCGAGGACCGAGAGGGACCUGCAUGUCUCAAGACUGCCUGAGACGGGAGAACUCGAUUCAGGCGUUCUCACCUGACAGCCUGACGCGAACCGGCCUUGUAUACGCGAUGGAGCCAUCCCAGCCUCCCAUACACCUGAUGGGAGAUGCCCGUGACGCCGAAGACACUGUCGGGCGUUUGCUCAUACUGUCCACUUCCAAAUCGGAUUUUUCGAAGGACAAGAACGAAUGUGGAGGGUCCAACGGCAGCGAUGGUGAAUCUUCGCUCUUAAGUGAUGCCGAGGACGGUCACGGCUUGACUCACUGACAGAAAGCCAUUUUCAGUGACUUUAAAUGGACAAAAAUAGAACAAAACUUUAAAAUGAAUCUGUCUGUGUUAUAGUAGACAAAAUAAACCAAAUAGAUACUGUAGAGAUCUCUGAGGUUAGUUCACAUUAUCACAUAAAUCCGUCAAUGGCUUAAAAUGCAGUGCAAAACUCCACAUCCUUUGAAAUGUCUGGAUAUCUUGAUUUAGUAUAAAUACUCUCAUGAAUAAC